AUGUUAUUUCAGAUCGAUACACUUCCACAAAUUAAUUCCAUCUUUAUAUUCGACUUCGAUAAAAACCAAGGCAAAGAACUUAUUUAUCAACAUUCGAAAUUCAUUGGUAUUUAUACUGAGUUAGAUGAUUUGUACUCAUCAAUUGAGGAACAAAUUGACCUUGAUGAUGAACUAUUUCAAACAUUUAGUUUCUUUGACCAAUCUGAAUAUUUAACACACGAUUUAUCGAAACAAACUUCUGAUUUAUUAUGGUAUCAAUUUUUCAAUAAUAUUAUUUUGCAAUCAUCAUCUGAUCAAUUAGCAAAGAAUGAAAUGAUCGAUUUCUGUCGUCAAUAUUAUCAAAAUAAUUUAAAAUAUUUAAAAUUAAUUCAUGACUUUGAACGUGAAUAUAGUUCAAAUAAAGUCAUUCAAUGGUAUUUGAAUAAAUCAUUACCUUAUAAAAUGAUUAAAAGAGCAUUACAAAUAAAAGACAUGGAUCAACAGUAUGCAUUAAGAUAUUUUAUGUGUGAUCUUGUACAAAGUUUUACAGAUCAACAUCAAAAUAAAAUUCCAUAUGAUAAUGAAAAUCUUACUGUUUAUCGAGGAAUGAAAUUAUGGAAUGAUCAAUUGAAAGAAUUCAAAAAAAACGAACGAAAACUUCUUUUAAGCCAUGGAUUCUUGACAGCAACUCGACAUCGUUCCGAUGCACUGAAUUUUGCUGGCAAAUCAAUAAGACAAACGAAUCUUAUUUCUGUAGUUUUCGAAAUUGACUUAAAUUCACAAGAUUUUAACAAAUUUGUUAUCUUUACAGAUAUAGACAAAUGUAAUAAGUAUUCAAAGCAAGAUGAUAUUCUCUUUAGUUUAGAUACCAUCUUUCAUUUGGACAAUAUUGAAUUUUAUGAAAACUUUUGGAUGAUUAAAAUGCAUCCUACAAAUGAAGGAAAAGCUAUUCUAAAAAAAUAUAUUGAAGAUACACAUCGUCAAAUCGAAGACUUAAGUAUGGAGAUUCUUUUCGGACGUCUCAUGUUAGAUAUGGGUCAAUGGAAUCAAUCACAAACUUAUUUUGAACGUUUAUUAAUCGAUUCGAAUAGUACAGAUCAAGCUUGGAUAGAAUAUAGUCUUGGUGAAAUUCAUCAUUUGAAAUCAGAAUGGAAUAUGGCACGUAAAUAUUAUGAUCGUGCUUACUAUCGAAUGAUAGAUCCAAAACAAAGGCGUAUUAAAGAUUCAGCUCUAGUACUUUCCGACAUAGGAGAGACUCUCUGUGAACAAGGAAAAUUCGAAGAGGCCAUGAAUUAUCAUCAACAAGCAUUAACAAUUCGAAAGGAAUAUUAUUCUUCGCAUCACAUACAUAUUGCUACUAGCCUUCGUAAUAUUGGUGAUAUCUUCUUUAUUCAAAACAAAAACGACGAAGCAUUAUCAUACUUUCAACAAGCACUAGUAAUUUUAGAGAAAUAUUAUAAGUAUCCUCAUAUCGAUAUGGGUAAGUGUCUCAUCGGUAUUGGACUGUGUUUUCGUGAGAAAUAUAAUCACGAAAAAGCUCUUGAAUAUCAUCGACAAGCAAUAGAAAUCUACGAAAAAUAUUAUCCUCUAGGCCAUGUAUACAUUGCUGUGAUACUCAAUAACAUCGCAGAUCUUCUAUAUCGGCAAGAGAAAUAUAAUGAGGCUAUUGAUAUUCAUCAACGAGCAUUAAAAAUACAAAAGAAAUGUUAUUCAUUUGAUCACAUUCUUCUCGCUAGUUACCUUUGUAUGAUUGCUCUUAUUAACCAUGGAUUAAAAAAUUAUGCUUCUGCUUUGGAACUUUUUCAACAAUCAUUGACAAUACAACAAUCAUACUACACAUCUAGUCAUGUAAAACUUAUAUGUAACUUGAAUAAUAUUGGUGAUGCUUUUCAUAGAUUAGGAAUGUUUGAUGAUGCUAUGAACUUUCAUCAGCAGGCAUUUGCGAUGCUAGAGAAAUAUUAUCCAUCUUUUCAAGCCAGCAUAGCAUUCACAUUCAAUCGGAUCGGAGAUGUUCUAUGCAGUCAAACGAAAUACGACGAAGCUAUAUGUUAUCACAAACAAGCAUUGAUGGUGCAAAAGAACGACUAUCCAUCUGGUCAUGCCAAUAUAGCUUUUACACUUAAGAACAUAGGCUAUGCAUUAUCCCGACAAGAACAAUUUGAUGAAGCUCUAGAUCACUAUCAGGAAGCACUUUCAAUACUUGAAAAACACUGUCCAUAUGAUCUCGGUUUCAUUUCUUCUAGUUUGAAUGUCAUCGGUAUUAUUCUAAUUAGUCAAGAAAAGUUCGAUGAAGCCAUGGAUUAUUUUCAGAGAGCAUUGGAAAAUCAAAAGUGCUAUUAUGGCUGUGACCAUCUCAAUCUUGCUGAUACCCUUACCUAUAUUAGUACUGUACUUUGUCGUCAGAAAAAAUAUGAUGAGUCCGUGAUAACUUGUAAGAAAGCAUUAGAAAUUCAAGAGAAAUAUUAUCCUUCAGGACAUGCCACCAUUGCCAUAACGCUGAAUCAAAUCGGCUGGUUACUGCAGAGUGAAAAGAAGUAUGAUGAAGCGCUUAGAUUUUAUGAACAAGCACAAUCAUUACUUAUAAACAUUGGAAACAGUUAUCCUUCGGAUCAAUGGCUAAUGGCUGACACUUUAAGAAAUAUCGGUUAUGUUCUAUAUUUACAAGAUAAAAAUGAAGAGGCUGUUGUAUAUCAACAACGUGCAUUAUCGAUCAAAGAAAAAAUUCUAUCCCAAGAUCACACUGAAAUUAUGAGUAUCUGCAUAGAGAUAAGUCGUAGUUUGCGUUGUCAAGCUAAAUAUACUGAUGCAUGUGAGUUUCAACAACGAGCUCUAACAAUUCAAGAGAAAAUUAAUCCAUUAAAUUACUCGAGCAUAGUUGAUAGAUUGAACGAUAUUGCUAAUAUUUUCGGCGAUCAAGGAAAAUACGAUGAAGCACUAUUAUAUCAACAGCGUGCGUUAGGAAUACGAGAAGAACAUUAUUCGUCAGAUCAUAAAAACAUUGCGAAUGACCUUAUAAGCAUUGGAUAUCUUCGAAUGCAGUUAAAACAGUAUGAUGAAGCUAUUGAAGUCUAUCAACGAGCACUUUCCAUUAGAGACGAAUUUUGUUCAUCUGAUCAAGCUGCCAUCGCUAAUAAUCUACAACGCAUUGGUUAUGUUCUCGAAAAACAAACAAAGUACGAUGAUGCCCUCGAAUUGAGGCAAAAAGCAUUAAAAAUCUACGAGACGUUAUAUCUAGAUGGUUAUGCUAGUACAGGUAUAUGUCUUAAUUCUAUCGGAAACAUUUUCCGCCAACAAAAAAAAUACGAUAAAGCGUUUGAAUUUCAACAACAAGCGUUGGCAAUUCUAGAACAUUGCAAUCCAUGCAAGCAUUCGGAUAUUGGUAGGACUCUCAAUGAUAUGGGUACUACGAUGUUUUCACAAGCUAGAUACAAUGAAGCUUUUGACUUCUAUCAAAAAGCUAUUAUACACUACGAAAAAGAUCAUCCUACUAGAUACGAGAGCAUGGCCAUUACAUUGAGCAAUAUUAGUGCGAUUUUCAAGAUUCGAGGAAACUACACUGAAGCUCUAAGUAUGCAACAGCGAGCAUUAAAAAUUCGGCAGGAAAAUAGUCCAUUUGCAUACUCUGUCAUUGCUAAAAAUCUCCAAGACAUGGGUGCUAUAGCUAAUCAGCAAAGGAAUUAUGACGAUGCUAUAAGUUUUUACCAUCAAGCACUAUCUAUACUCGAAGAAAAUUGUUCAAUGGACCAUGUUGAAAUAGCUAGGUGUCUAUACAUGAUGGGAAUUAUUGCAAAUGCAAGGCAAGAUUUUAAUCGUGCCAUUCAAUAUUUUGAAAGGUGCCUAUGGAUUAGAGAAACGAGUUUACCUGUAAAUGAUCUUAAAAUUGCUGAUACUCUGAUACGUUUGAGUCAAGCUCAAAGAAAUCGACAUCAUCAUGAACAUUCUUUAUCAUAUGAAAUAAAUAGCUGCUUAAUGCGUAUGAAAUUUCAACCGCCAACUACAACUGAAAUUGGUCAAAGUUUUUCUCGUAUCGGUGAAAGUUACGAGCAUCUUAGUGAACUUAGAUUGGCUCUUUAUUACUACAAACAAGCAUUAGCUAUCUUUGAGAAUUGUCUACCUAGCUUGCAUCCAUAUCGACUGACCAUGAAACUCAAAAUAAACCGACUCUCAAAAGGAAUAACAACAUAA